AUGUCCUCGGUCCCUCCGCCGGACCACCGUCCCGCCAAGCGCAUCCGCCAGGCCUGCGAGCCGUGCCGCCGCAAGAAAUCACGCUGUCCGGGUGAGCGGCCCAACUGCUCGCACUGCUCCCGCCUCGCCCAGACUUGCUACUACGCCUCCGAUCAUCCUGCCGCUGCCGACUACCACCACAGCACCGCCGAGAGUACUACCAGUACCGAUGCCAACCGCGAUCGCCAUGGUAGCAUCCCCGGCAAUACCGAAACGGCUGAUCGCCUCAGUGCUUUGGAGACCAAAGUCGCCGAAGUGCUUGGAGCGCUAAACCGCAUACCAUGGACUGCAAGUCCGCCCACCCCUACUCCCUCCACCAGCCUUACCACUUGCCCAGGACCCGUCGACCAGCCUUCUCCUCCCGCAACAGCAAGCACGCUGCCACAAUGGGACAUCAUUGUCAACGUGGCAGAGCUCUAUCUUCUCUAUUGCAAUGGCCAGCCGCUUCCUCUGUUUGACCCAAGAAAUUUUAUAUCCACCCUGGGGACGAGGGACCCUGAGCUUCUUUUUGCUAUCUUGGCCGUGGCUGUGCGUUUCUCCGAUAACCCCCUAUACCGAGACAGACGAGAACAAGCAAUCCGAGGAUAUGCGGAGGCUGCUCGUACCCUUGUCAUGCGUAGAGUCUCCAAUGGCCCCAUAGAACUCUCGACGCUGCAGGCAUUCUGUCUGUUAAGCUUUGUUGAUUUCAGCGUUGGCAACACACAUAGGGCGAGCUCGCUGACCUCGUUGGCGCUGGAUCUCGCCGAAAGUGCCGGACUCUCCAGUGAAUGCCAUGUAGCAUUACAUGAUUCGGCCCAUGAAGAAAGGCGACGGUGUUUCUGGAGCAUCAUCUUCCUCAAGAAACUCCACGGAAGUAAUUGCGGCGUCUAUUCGAUAUCCCCCGACGAAAACUUCCCCAAGUAUCCUACAAGCACCAAGAAACCCCCAUUUUCCGACCCGAGCGUAGACGCAAGGGUAGUCCAAGUUGGCGUGAAGGACCAAGGUAUUACGGCUUAUGUCAUUCAGUUGACCGAGUACUGGCACAAGGCCGUCCGCUACACACGGCGACGAGCCAGCCCGGGAGUGCACUGCCCAUGGUCAGCCGAAUCUGAGUACUCAAAGAUCAUGGUCGCCAUGAUGGAAUUCGAAUCGCACAUGCCUUACAAGCAUCGUUUCCGGCCCUCGAAAUUCGCAGAGCGACCUACCGAGGAGUUGGAGAGGCAGCGAGACUACUGGUGCCCCUGGCUCUUCUCGCAGACCAUCUACCACACCAUCAUGUGCCUGCUCAACCACCCGCUGAUCCUUUCCCUACGCCUGCGUAGCUUCCGAGUUAGCAUCCCUGAAAUCUUCCUCCAGCACACGGCGGAUUUGAUAGCCUCGCACACUGACUGGGUCGUCCACCUCAUCGACCUCAUCGGAGAGAAGGCGUUUCGCGUCACCGAUCCGUUCAUCGGCAACUGCGUCGCCGUCGUCGCCACCAUCUACUUGCAGCAGAGCUUCGCCGACGAUGCCGGCAUCCGCACCGAGAAGCGCAACAACUUCCUCAAGUGCCUCGAUUUCGUUCGCCUGCUCGGCGUCCAUUGGCCACACAUCGCUCAGCUCGCCUCCAAACUCCAAUCUUUCGAAGCCACCGUCUCAGCCUCCUACCAUGACUCCUCGACCACCACCACCACAGCCGCUGCCUCCCCCUUAGCGGCCGCCGAAACAGCAGGAACCUCCUCCCCCUCCCCCUCAAACAUCCAACAACCCUCCUCCGUCUUCAUCGACCUGACCACCUUCUGGGAUAUCCUCGAAGCCGUCUUCACCUCGUCUACCAGCGACCCCUCCGGCUCCAUCUUCGGCUCUAGCCUCUGGCCGCACCACCACGCGAGCGGCACCGGUGUCGGCGGCAACGGCGCCAAUGGCGGCGGCGGCACGCCCCAUGGAGAGGUCGUGUCGUCGAGGUUGCUGCCCGAGCCGACGUACCCGCGUGGGGAGAACAGUAGCGGUGGUGGGAACAUGGCGAGGCAUAAUAGCGUGUCGACGCCUGGUGGCACAAGUGCGUCCGGCGGUCAUGCGGGGUUACGUGGCGGUGGUGGCGGUAGUGGCGGGAGCGCUAUGGGCGGUGGGGUGUCUGGAGGUAGUGAUGGUAGCAGAGUGAUGGCGAUAUCAUCAGUAGGGGGAGAGGGAAGUGGAGGUGGAGGUGGCGGUGGCAGUGUUGGUGGCGCGGGCAACACGGGUGGGGUAGGACCGGGAGGGGACAUCAUGGACUCGAUGGCGCUUGGGAUGGGUGAUAACGAUGAGCUGGCGGUGCUGGCGCAGAGUUAUUUUGCGCAGGGACAGGAUUUCGUGAGGGGUGUGGACGACUGGUGGUCGUUUGGGCAGGUUUGA